GAUUCUAGAGGAGAAACACUGCUACCAGGAGACAUAACAAAAAUUCCAUUAAACUGGAUGUUAAAAUCACCACCUGGACACUUUGGGCUCCUCCUACCAUUAAGUCAACAGGCCAAUGGAGUUACAGUGUUGGCUGGGGUAAUUGAUCCGGAGUAUCAAGAUGAAAUCAGUCUACUACUCCACAAUGAAGGUCAUCUGAAAGAGGAGAAGAUGGAGGGAGCAUGUGUAGGUCUUCCAGGAAGAGGUGAGAGUCUUGAACACCAAGUGAAAAGCCAUCUGAACAUGACUGCCCAGAGUCAAAGGACAUUCCAGAAGAAAGAUGCUGGAAAAGUCAUUAUUCUCAGCAAACUAACAUAGGAACAGAAAACCAAACACUACAUGUUC